UAACGGUUCUUCCCCGCAACAAUGAAACCCUAGCUCAUCCAUGCUCCGUUGCCCCGGUUGGCGUGACUUUCGAUUUCUCCCUCGAUUCCCUUUUCAGUUUACCCGCGCCAAGUGCUGGUCAUCUUCUUCGGCUGCCAUGGCUGAGGCUGUCCACACAUUCAAAUUUUCCUCCGCAUGUAGCUCCAUUCACUUCGGAGGAGCUUUUCGAAAGAAGUCCCAUUCCUUGCAUGGCGGUAGAUUCUUCCGAGCCGAGCCCAAGGAUUACAGGAUUUCACGGUUGCGAGAUUGCCAUGCGCAGGCGAGACAUGGGAGGUUGAAGGAGGCACGAAACAUUUUGAGGCAAAUAAUCGCUAAAGAAGGACCUUGCUCGGCUCCUUCACUUUGUGCAUUGCUGUGUGAGGGCUUCCAGAACUUUGAUUCUAAUAUCAUAGUGUGGGACAUGCUUGCAAAUGUGUAUGCGCAAUCAGAAAUGGCAAAUGACGCUCUCUUUGUUCUCAGAAGAAUGGAUGCCUUGAACAUCCAAGCUUCUAUAUCAACUUAUGACAGUUUGCUUUAUAGCUUGGAGAACAGUGAUAUUGUUUGUGACAUCUAUGAAGAAAUCAAAUUUCGUGGGAUUUCAUUAAGUGAAUUCACGGACAGUAUCUUCAUACGUGCUCUCUGCCGGCAAAAGAGGCUGCAAGAAGCAUCUUUUUUCUUCCAAUUGCUUCGUGAGAGGAAAGAGUUUAUCCCUUCCAUUGUUAUCUUAAAUUCUCUGAUUUCAGGAUUCUGUAAAGCAGGAUUUCUAGAAAUUUCGAUGUCAUUUCUUUCCAUGGCACUUAGAUAUGGGUUGAUCCCUGAUAAAUAUAGUUAUGCUCCCAUUCUUCAUGGCUUAUGCCUAAAGGGAUCUUUGGAGGAGGCUUUAGAUGUUUCAGUGAGAAUGGAGAGGGAUGGAAUUGAUCAUGACAUUGUGACUUAUAACAUUCUCAUGAAUGGGUGUCGCUUACACGGGCAUAUGAGUGAGGUCUAUUUGCUCAUCCAUGAGCUGUUUAUCAGAGGUCUUAAACCUGAUCUUGUUACGUACACUAUUUUAAUUACUGGACACUGUGAUCAGGAUAAUCUUGAAUAUGGAUUGAGGAUGAGGAAAGAUAUGAUGAAGCAUGGAAUUCGGUUGAAUAUUAUUGCCUACAGUGUGCUUCUAAAUGCUUUAUGCAAAAAGGGUUUUAUCAAAGAAAUGGAAAUGCUGCUUGAUGAGAUGGAAGAUAUUGGUUUGCAUAUAGAUUUAGUAGCAUAUUCAAUCCUUAUUCGUGGAUAUUGUAGUCUAGGACAUAUUGACAAGGCACUAGAAGCAUGUGAAGUGAUGCACUCUAAAAAGUUGAAUCCGAACUCAUUCAUUCACGGGGCAUUUCUUUCAAGCCUAUGCAAGGAAGGAAUGAUGGCAGAAGCUAAGAUAUAUCUGGAUAAUUUACGCUGUUGUGGCCAGUCCAUCGAUGUCAUUUUGUACAACAUAGUAAUUGAUGGAUAUGUUAAGGCAGGUAAUUUUAAUGGUGCUAUUGAGUUGUAUUACUUGAUGCUCAAGCAGGGAUUGACUCCAACUGUUGUAACUUGGAAUUCACUCCUCUUAGGCUUAUGCAAGACUGGUAGACUACAUGCUGCAAGGGAUUUUCUUAGAUAUUUUGAAAGUAAUGGAGUGUCACCUACUGUAGUGACCUACACUACUUUAAUGGAUGCAUUUGGCAAAUCCGGGCAUUUUGAUGUGAUGUUAGAAUUGCUUGAUGAGAUGAUUGGAAAAGAGAUCACACCAAAUGUUGUCACUUACAGUGUAGUCAUGAAAGGGCUCUGCAGGAAUGGAAGGCUAAAUGAGGCUGUUAAACUGCUCAAGGGUAUGAAUGAAAUUGGUUUAGAAGCAGAUGUUAUUACUUAUAACACUAUCAUACAGGGUUUUUGUGAAGUAUCUAACUUAAAGAUGGCUUUUCAUGUUCUGGGGGAAAUGUUGGAGCAUGAUGUUUCACCCACUUCUGUUACUUACAAUUUGCUUAUCAAUGUACUUUGUCUGAAAAGAAAACUUGAAAAUGCAGAACAUUUGCUGGAUGAUUUGUUAGCGAGGGGAGUCUGUUUGCGGAAGUUUGCUUACAGCACAGUAAUUAAAGCACAAUGUGUGAUGGGAAUGCCAAAAAAAGCCAUUCUGCUCUUUGAAAGAAUGGCAAGAGCUGGGUAUGAAGUUUCAAUCAAGGAUUAUUAUGGAGCAAUUAAUAGAUUAUGUAAACGAAGUUUUGUUGGUGAGGCAAUUAUAUUCUUCAAUAUGAUGCUACAGGGUGGUAUCUUACCAGAUCAAGAACUUGCUUAUGUCAUGGGCAGUGCUCUCCUAAAAAAAUAUUACCUCUUUUCAUUCUUUACAUUGCAAACAAUGAUGAUAAAACUUGGUCUUCAUUUCUUUCACACCGUAGAAGGAGGUUUGAAAGGGAAACAGGAGUCCGAGUAAGACCAUGGAAAUUGGCUAUCUGAACAAGGUUGCAAUGAUCAUCCAGGAACAUGAUAGCUUGUUGUCACGCCAUCUGUUGGAUACCAGGUGUCCUUAAUUGAAUCAUUCUAUGGAACAUCAGAAGAUGUGCUUAAUUCACUCAGGUGUGUAUUAUAAGAAGGCAUCCAAUUAAAUAUUAUCAAGCUCACUAGAUUCUAUCUUUUGAACCUAAGAUCUUACGAGUACAAUGUAUCAUAUGCAUAGUUUAAAAUUGCGCAAUAUGAGGCUCGCCUUGAGGCCCGCCUUUGCGCAAUUCCAGUAAAAAACGCCUCGAUGAUUA